CUUCGAUUACUCAGUUUACCGGCAAAGUAGUUUUCAAACGCACUUUAUUGUGAGUUUGCAGCGCUGUGACGUUCGGCGUAAACAAUUUUAAAUUUAACCAAAAAUAUCCGCAUUUACUACAAAAGUAUCGUUACAAAAACCAAACAGUGCAUUAACUCAGUUACUUCACCUGUGUCGCUAAUCAAAAUGCAAGAAUAGAGUGCUAUACGAAAACAUAACCUCAAAGCGCGUCUAAACAAGCGUCUUCAAAAUGUAUUCGAUAGCUCGGCAGACGCACCCGGCUACUGGUAUCGAGCACUCUGUGAGCUGCUGCUUCUUCAACAAUGAUGAACCAUGCCUGGUCACCGCCGGCGCCAACAUCAUCAAGGUCUUCCGGCUCUACCCAGAAGCUGACUCGAAGGAAGUCAAUGCAGCUGGCCAGCCAAUCCCCCCAAAGAUGAAACUGGAGUGCCUAGCGACCUACACCCUAUGGGGCAGCGUGAUGUCGCUCGCUGUAGUCCCGGCUCCCAGCAUGGGUCGGGACCUGCUGCUCCUGUCGUUCCGUGAAGCCAAGCUGUCCGUGGUUCAGUAUGAUCCACAAGUCCAUAACUUGGUGACGUUGAGCAUGCAUUACUUUGAAGAGGAUGAUAUGAAGAACGGCUGGACCACCCACCCGCACAUUCCGUACAUCCGCGUGGACCCGUCUGGCCGCUGCUGUGUCAUGCUGCUCUAUGGAAGGAAGCUCGCUGUCAUACCCUUCAGGAAGGACUGUGGAGAUGAAGCAGAUCCACUUGAUGCUAAACCGGGACAGGAUUUGAAAAAGAAUGCGCCCCCGAUCCAGCCGAUCCGCACGCCAACACUAGCCUCCUACGUCAUAGUACUGAAAGACCUGGAUGAGAAGAUAGACAAUGUACUAGACAUCCAGUUCCUACACGGAUACUACGAGCCUACGCUGUUGUUGCUGUAUGAGCCGGUUAGGACUUUUGCUGGUCGCACAGCCGUCCGCAACGACACCUGCUGCAUGGCCGGCGUAUCGCUCAACAUGACCGCGCGCAGCCACCCCGUGAUCUGGGCCACGGCCGGCCUGCCACACGACUGUCUGCAGGCGAUACCCGUGGACAGGCCCCUGGGUGGUUGCCUAAUAUUUGCCGUGAAUUCACUCAUAUACCUGAACCAGUCGGUGCCGCCGUACGGAGUGUCGCUCAACAGUAUCGCCACACACACCACCAACUUUCCUUUACGUAUACAGGAGGGCGUGUGCAUCACGUUGGACUGCGCGUGCGCGGCGCCGCUGGGCGACUCCCGCCUCGCCAUCUCGCUGAAGGGCGGCCAGCUGUUUGUGCUGACGCUACUGUCGGAUUCCUUGAGGAGUGUGAGGAGUUUCCAUCUGGCUCGAGCGGCUGCUUCUGUACUACCUACUUGUAUGUGCGUGAUCCAAGAUGAUUUCCUGUUCCUCGGCUCGCGGCUCGGCAACUCGCUGCUGCUGCGAGUGACGGAGAGAGAGAACCGCAUGCUGUUCAGUGUCGACAAGCCGCUGCAGGCCACCGUGGACUUGACCACAGAGAAUGCGAACCAAGAGACAGAAAAGGACAAAGAUAAAGACACAAGUGACCCGGCGGCCAAGAAACGACGAAUGGACACGCUAAGUGAUUGUAUAGCGAGUAAUGUGAUAGACAUCAGUGAUCAAGAUGAGUUGGAAGUGUAUGGGAGUGAUAUUAGGACUUCUACGCAGCUGACUAGCUAUGUUUUUGAGGUAUGCGACUCCCUCCUAAACAUCUGCCCAAUAGGUGACAUCUCCAUGGGCGAGCCCCAACUCCUAUCCACCCCUGCCACAGACACCGACGCGCCUCUAGUGGAGCUGGUGGCGUGCUCCGGCCGCGGCAAGAACGGAGCCCUCACUGUGCUGCAGAGGACUGUGCACACGCACCGAGUCACGCAGUUCACGCUGCCAGGUUGCAUAGACAUGUGGUCGGUCUUCGGCGACGGUUCUUCCGAGGGAAGGCGGGAACAGAGCGACUCGGAGGCGAGCCACGCGUAUCUUAUACUGACGCAGACUAAUAGUAGUAUGAUCCUCCAAACGGGCGAAGAGAUCAACGAGGUGGACAACUCCGGGUUCAUGACCAGCGCCCCCACUAUUUUUGCGGGGAAUUUAGGAAACAACAAGUACAUGGUGCAAGUGACAACUACCGCCAUUAGACUGAUUAAAAACGGCGCCCAAAUCCAGAGCAUCCAGCUCGAGUGGACGGCGGCUUCCGCCUACACCGCCGACCCGUACCUCUGCGUGGUGUCGACGUGCGCGCGCGCCGCCGUGCUGGCGCUGCGGGAGACUCACGGCAGGGGCGGCGCUUCGGCCCGCCUAGUGCCCACCAGGCAGGCGGUCCCUCACAUGCCGGCGAUAGUGAAGGCACAACCCUACAGAGACCUCAGCGGCCUGUUCACCACCAGCGAUGUCGACUCUGUACAGGUUAAAGGCGAAUUCACCGGCAAGAACAAGGGCAAGAAGAAAGUGAAGGCGGAGGGAUUCAAACCCGACACCGUGUAUGAGUUGAACGAUGAAGAUGAACUACUGUACGGAGGCGACCAGACGCCCGCUUCUAUGGCCACCAUAAUGUUGCAAGAGCAAUCUAAGAAUCCAGGCGUGCCGCGACGUGUUUCAAGAUGGUGGCGCAAGUACUUACAAGAUGUAAAACCCACCUACUGGCUGUUCGUAGUACGAGACAACGGCAACUUAGAGAUCUACUCUCUACCAGAAAUGAGACUGAGCUUCUUAGUACAGGGUGUGUGCGAGGGACACAGGAUCCUAGCCGACAGCCUCGAAUCGGUCUCCGUGACGCCCGACCAAUCAGAGGAGCCGCUGAACACGUCGACCAAUCAGAGCUCGGGGGCGGAGAAUCUGCAGGAGCUCCUAGUGGUCGCGCUGGGCAACAAGGGCGCAAGGCCGCUGCUGUUGCUGCGGACUCAAAAUCAGCUGCUUAUUUAUCAGGCCUACAAAUACCCGCGCGGAAACCUCAAGCUCCGUUUCUGUCGGCUACAAAUACCCUUCGCUCACGGGUACGCGGGUUUGGAGCCCGACAAGGACCCCAAUUACGAACACUGGCUGCUGAAGGACAAUGUCAGGCAGUUGAGGUACUUUGCGGCAGUCUCCGGCUACCAAGGCGUGCUAAUCUGCGGUCGAACCCCCUACCUGCUCCUUCUAGGGGGCCGCGGGGAGCCCCGGCUGCACCCGCUGCAGGCGCCCGCGCUCGCCGCCGCCGCCGCCUUCAAUAAUGUCAACUGUGCGCACGGACUCAUGUACUUUGAUACUCAGUCGGAGCUACAUAUCUGCGUGCUACCGUCGCAUCUCUCCUACGACUCGGCCUGGCCAGUGCGGAAGGUGCCCAUUCGUAUGUCACCACACUUCGUCACCUACCACGUGGAGUCCAAGACCUACUGCCUGGUGGGGUCGCACUCGCAACCGCAGACUUCGUACUACAAGUUUAAUGGAGAAGAUAAAGAGAAUACACAGGAGAAUAAGGGUGAUAGGUUCCCCUACCCGCACCAAGCCCAGUUCUCCGUGUGCCUGUUCUCCCCAGUCUCAUGGGAGAUGAUCCCCAACAGCCGCGUCGAGCUCGAGCCGUGGGAGCACGUGGCCUGCCUCAGCAACUGUGCACUAGAGUACCAGGGCACCAGGUCGGGUCUUCGAGGAUACAUAGUAUUAGGAACUAAUUACAACUACAGUGAAGACAUCACCUCUAGAGGAAGAAUAAUAAUCUACGACAUAAUAGACGUGGUGCCCGAACCGGGUCAGCCGCUGACAAAGAACAAGUUCAAAGAGAUCUACGCUAAGGAACAGAAGGGACCCGUCACUGCACUGUCACAGGUGUUGGGGUUAUUGGUGUCUGCUAUAGGACAGAAGAUAUACAUCUGGCAGCUGAAAGACAAAGACCUAGUCGGUGUUGCCUUCAUAGACACGCAAAUCUACGUGCACAGGAUGAUGUCAGUGAACAACCUUAUACUAGUAGCGGAUGUAUACAAAAGUAUAUCUCUACUGCGAUACCAGGAGGCGCAUCGGACUUUAGCACUGGUGGCUAGAGACUUGCACACUUGUAACAUCUAUGACAUGGAGUUCAUGGUAGACAACACGACGCUGGGCUUCCUUGCGAGCGAAUCAGAGGGGAACCUGGUUCUCUUCAUGUACCAGCCACAGGCCAGAGAGAGCUACGGAGGCCAGCGCCUCAUCCGCAAGGCAGACUUCCACCUGGGGCAGCAGGUGCACGCCAUGUUCCGCAUCAACGCGAGGGGAUCAGCCCAGCACCGCCGACACGUCACCAUGUAUACGACCCUAGACGGCGGUAUCGGCUACGUCCUCCCAGUCACUGAGAAGAUGUACCGGCGACUGCUGAUGUUGCAGAACGUGAUGACCAACUACUGUCGCCAUCACGCCGGGUUGAAUCCACGGGCUUUCCGUACGUACAAGACGGCUCGCAAGCCGCUGGGCGGCGGCGCAGCCCGCGGCAUCCUCGACGGCGACCUGGUCAGCCUCUACCAGGCCAUGCCCGCGCCCGACCAGAGAGAGAUUGCCAAGAAGAUUGGAACAAAAGUGGAAGAGAUUCAAGCAGACUUGUACGAGGUAGACCGACUGACUGCGCAUUUCUAGUACUUUAGUUUUAGACUUUAGCUGCUAAGUUCUGUAAAUAUUAUGAGCUCUAAGUUUCAAUAAACUAUGCUGAAGUGUU